CAGAAUCCCUCAGGAGCCCAAACCAGCUCCAGCUUCCUCUGAGAGCAACACCUCUUCAGGACGCAAGAGAACGGUGGAGAGGGAUGAAAAGUCUUCAAAGAAGAAACAGAAACUGGACAAAGAGGGAAAACAUUCUUCCUUCUCUCAGCAAAGCCUCCACCAAUCAGAAGACACAACGAGGAAGAAGAAGAGUGUGAAACACAGCUCAGAUCUUCUUCAGGAGUCACACAAAGACUCGGGACGCCAGCAGAAGAAAGCAGACACUCAUGGGAAGAAGAGCAGGAAGGAUGUCGUGGUGAAGGUGUGUCCUCGAGCGCUGCUGCCGGCCGAUCGCAGGAAACUCUCAGUGGAAGAUCAUUUGAAGGAAGCCAAAAAGCUGAAGCACAAAGCAGAUGCUACGCUGGAUAAGAUGGAUAAAGCGCUCCGAUAUCUGGAAGCUGCACUGUCAUUCGUGGAGAGUGGCGUCGCCAUGGAGACAGAGCCACAGACGCCCAAAUCUGCGUACACCAUGUUCUCUGAGACGCUGGACCUGAUCAGGUUUAUUCUCAAGCUGAAGAACUACACGGAUCCGUCAGCUGCUGUCCACGAGAGAGACUUCUGCGUCCUGUGCAUGCGAUGCCAGGCUCUGCUGCAGAUGGCCAUGUUCCGCUACAGACGAGAUUUGGCGCUCAAACACUCGCAGACGCUCACAGAUCAUUUCAAAAGCUUGUCGUGGUCUGCGUCUCCCUCUGUGUCCAAGAGUGCGGUCUCGUCUCUGGUCGAUCCUCAGAACAUCCAGCAGGUGGCGGUGGCGUACGUCAGCAUCACCGAACUCUUUCUGAGCGCUCUCGAGGCGUGGGAGCAGGCGGACGAUAUCGCUCUCAGAGGCAGCGGUUUGCUGCGAGAGCUGGAUUCAGCCGUCGGUGCUCCGAGUCUGACGUCCUCUCACCAGCGCUUUAGUGCGAUACACACGACACGGCCUGCACUGGAUCAGACACGACACACAGAACCUGCUUCUUCUAGAUAGCGACGUCUCAUUGGUCAAAUCCUUUGGCACUUUUUAAAUAGAGCACCAAGUAUUUCCUGUCCAUCAGUAUUUCCUUUCUUUCUUCAUCUUGGGUCAAGA